GUCAAAUGCUAAUCAACGUUGAUCGACCGCCGCCGCAUUGGAAUCCGAUAAUAUCGUAAGAAGACGAAUGUCGUUCAGACAUUCUAAGGUCGUCUAGGUCCAAUCAAAAUCCCGCCCACCUACGGUCAACGUUCCUUCAUUUUUCUCUUCACUUCGAUCAAUCGAGUAAAGAUCAGGGUCACUGAAAGAACCCCAGAAGAUCUCCAUUUCAACGAUGGCUUCUGGGGCUCGAUUGCUUGUGUUGGAUUUUGCCCUAUCUUUUAUGUGGUUAUGGUCGGGGGUUUUGGUUAAGAUCUUUGUUUUCGGGUUAUUGGGGUUCGGAAAUGAUCCGAUUGGCGAGGUUGUCAAGGCUGCCUUUUCGAUUCUUAACAUGUUCUUGUUCGCGUUCUUGGUGGAAAUUUCCAAAGGGGCGGCUUACAAUCCUCUUAAUGUCUUGUCGGCUGCUUUUUCUGGGGGUUUCAGUAGCUUUCUCUUCACUGCUGGUGCCAGAAUUCCUGCUCAGGUACUUGGAGCUGUCACUGCUGUUAGGCUGAUUAUCCACACGUUUCCCGAAGCAGGACGAGGACCCCGUUUGAACGUUGGCAUCCAUCACGGUGCGUUGACAGAAGGGUUGUUAACGUUCGGCAUCGUCUUCAUCUCACUCGGACUUUCAAAAAAAAUCCCUGGAAAUUUCUUCAUGAAGACUUGGAUCUCAAGUUUCUCCAAGUUAACACUUCAUGUUCUUGGUUCUGACUUAACUGGUGGCUGUAUGAACCCCGCAUCCGUAAUGGGAUGGGCAUACGCUCGUGGGGAACAUAUAACGAAAGAACACAUUCUUGUAUACUGGAUUGCUCCGAUUCAAGGAACUAUAGCAGCGGUAUCGACGUUUAAGGUACUAUUUCGAAAACCGAAAGAGGAGGAAGUAAAUACAAAGAAGAAAUCAGAAUGAUUAAGGUUGAUGAAGUGAGUUGCUCUGCUGAUGGAUUCCUUAGCAUUGUUCAAAAUGUAUAUAAUUGUUUAGUGAUCUGUGCAUGCUUUUCUUGCUAUUCAAGAUUGCACGUUUUUUGUCCACUCUAGCUAUGCGUAGCUCGAUGGAUAAGACCACCGAUUACUUGAAUAAACGUAGAAAGAUCGUACAUUUUGUGGUGCUAA